UUCAAGAAAACCCCACAACUUUAUUAGCCAGUUUAAGCAAAAGGGUGUUCUUUGUUUGAUUUACAUUUUGAUCAAACGGUCAAGAUUUGGUUUUUGUUGUUGAAAUAAAUCAAGAUUUCUUUUUGGAAGAAAAGGGGUUGGAGAAAAAAGAAAAAAAAAUUAAGGAGGGAACAGUUUCAAACUUUCUUUAAGUAUUACUAUUAGCUUUGCAUUUCUACUGUUCAAAUUCAAAAAAUCUGUGAGUUUUGUUGAUUGUUAUGCAGAUUUGAUCGCGGAAUUUACUGAUUGGGAGGGUGAAGAUGGAAAAUGUUUCAAGUCCUGAUGAAAGUUAUGAUGUGGGCUAUGGAUAUCAGGCAUCACCUUCUUCUGUUGAUGAUCAAUCGCCUACGUUGAGUGGCAAUUCAUUCGCCUAUUGCAGAACGAGCUCAGAGACCUCAGCCUUUUCUGAGCAUACAGAUGAAACCAGUUGGUCUGAGACAGGUUCUCCUAUGAGUUCGCGGGGAAUGAAGUCUCCGACUCGUGCAGUGCUUUCGAGACUAGGAAUGAGGCAGCACAAGACAAUUGCAGAUGAUCCUGAGACUGUAGAUUUAGAGCUUGAAUUGAUGAAGGAGAGAUUUUCAAAGCUGUUAUUGGGAGAGGACAUGUCAGGAGGGGGCAAAGGGGUGGCAACAGCAGUGACAAUCUCAAACUCUAUAACAAAUCUUUAUGCAUCUGUGUUUGGUCAACACCAAAGAUUGGAGCCUUUACAUCCUGACAAGAAAUUAAUGUGGAAGAGAGAGAUGAAUUGUCUGUUAUCUGUAUGUGAUUACAUUGUAGAAUUUGUUAGUACAUCACAGACACUACAAGAUGGAACCACUGUUGAGGCGUUGACAAGCAGGCCGCGGUCAGAUAUUCAUAUCAACCUUCCUGCGCUGAGAAAACUCGAUGCCAUGCUCCUAGUAAGACCACAACUAUUAUAUCCCACAACCAAAAUUUUCCAUUCAAAUGCAGAUACUGCUUUAGCCAGGGUGAAGCUAAAAUUGAGAUUUUUACAGGAAAUCUUGGAUAGUUUUGAGACCACUGAGUUCUGGUAUGCUGAGCAAGGAAGCAUGUCAAACAACUCAACACGUGCUGGAUCGUUCAGGAAGAUUGUUCCGGUUCAGCCUCAGCCUCAGCGCAAGGAAGAGAAGUGGUGGUUACCAGUUGUUUGUGUUCCUUCUGGUGGCAUCUCGGAGAAGGAAAGGAAGCACUUGAGACAUAAGCGCGAUUGUGCCAACCAAAUUCACAAAGCAGCAAUGGCCAUCAAUAGCAGCAUCCUUGCUGAAAUGGAAAUCCCAGAAUCAUACAUGGCAUCACUCCCUAAGAGUGGAAAGGCGAGUGUUGGAGACUCUAUCUAUCGUCACAUGUAUUCAGCUGAGAAAUUUUCCCCUGAACAUCUCCUAGACAGUCUAAACAUAAGCUCUGAACAUGAAGCACUAGAGCUCGCUGACAAAGUUGAAGCUUCAAUGUAUACAUGGAGACGUAAAUCAUGCAUGCCUCAAGCGAAAUCAUCAUGGGUCAUGGUAAAAGAUCUUGUCUCUGAUGAUCGGACUGAUAAGAAUAAUGUUUUAGCAGAACGAGCAGAGAGUUUGUUGUUUUGUCUGAAGCAAAGGUACCCCGAACUCUCACAAACAACAUUGGACACAAGCAAGAUUCAUUGCAAUAGGGAUGUUGGUAAGGCAAUUCUGGAGAGCUAUUCAAGAGUACUGGAAAGUUUGGCAUUCAACGUUGUUGCUUGGAUCGAAGAUGUUCUUUUUGUAGAUAAGACCAUGAAAAAACAAGAAGAAUAAGAACUGCAGUAAGCAAAGACUUUUUUGAUUUCUGCAAAUGAGAUUCUAAUUUUAGCUUCUCUAGAUUACAGUUAAACUUCCAGUAACAAAGGAUCAUUACUGAAUAGGAUAGAACCAAGUUGAGAACUCGAACUAUCGAUUGUGUAAUUUGAGAAAAGUACUCAAACUUGGAAAAUUUGUUCUUUUUCAUGGUUUUGUAUAUUUUAUAACUUAUAUCCAAGAACCAAAUACUGUAGUUUUCUAUUCUUUGUUCUGUUAGAUCCUUCACAAUGAGGACAUGUUGGGUCCAUUCCAUCUGCAUUUGCCAGAAUAUUAUGCCCCUAGCCUAUGUUGUUCGGACUCUUCAAAAUGUCAGUAAGUGUGUCGGAUUCUACAAAAGUAGUGUAUUUUUGGAGAAUCCGAUAUCGGGAACCACUUAGCCCCUCGUACAAAUGCUGACAGGAUACCUACUGGAUAGAUACAAUGGAAAAAAAAAAAAAAAAAAAAGGAGCCAUCCCCUUUUCAGAGAAAUUGGAACACUGUUUGGUAAAUGAGAAAAAAGUGAAAAAACAUACAUAUUAAUUGAUGAUUUAGCCUAGUGAGAACUUUCAUUCACUAAACUACUGUCAUAAGAAGAGAUUCUGGACAAAUUUCAAUUUAAAGAAAGAACAGAUUCUUGAUUCCCCACUCAGGAUUUAACAAAAGAGGACACCCAAUCAAGAAUUCAAGAUCAAAUUUCCAGUGACAAACCCAAAAGGCUAGUUUUCAUCAUCAUGAUCAUCCCAACUAAGCAACUAAUAAAAGGCAGAAUUUAAGUAAGCAUAAAAAUCUAUCCAAAACAUAUCAAAGAAAAGAACCCCACCCCAUUUUGUUCAAAGAUUGAAUUUUGUAUAUACUCCAUCAUCAACAUUAAUAUGACUUAUUCAGACAUCAGUCCAAGAACCAGGUCUGAUCCUCAAUGGUCCCCUAUUCCUAAAUCUUUG